AUGAAUCCAGAUUUGCUUAAAGUAUUUUUGAUUGAAGUUCCCAAAAAUUUGGGUUUUGAUGAUUUCAAGGGUCUCCAGCAUUACAUAACUAAAGUUCUAUUUUAUUCUGCAACUGAUGAAGGGAAAUAUUUGAAAACUCUAUUCCCCAGGAUAUCUCCAGAAGACUUCGACCCAUCAACGGUUUAUAAUAUUCCAAGCUCAACCGAAGUUUUAAAUCCAUUUUAUGAAGUUAGUGGUUCCAAAUAUAGUCAUCCACCAGAUGAGGCAUGUGCCAAACCAUUCCAACCAGGAGACCCAGUAUACAGAUGUGACGAGUGUGGGUUUGAUAGUACUUGUGUUUUGUGUGCCUCUUGUUUCAAUAAGGAAGACCAUUUGAAUCAUAACGUCACUGUCUACACAUCGAGUGGGACAUCCGGGGGUAUUUGCGAUUGUGGUGACCCAGAAGCUUUCAUUCGACCUUUAAACUGUAAAUGCCAAACAAACAGAGAUGAAUUGGAAGAAGAUGUGAGCGGUAUGAUGGAUGCAUUGCAAAAGACAAUUCAAAUUGCCAUCGAUUAUGUUUUAGAUGUUUCCAAUUUCACGAUUAUGACAUUGCCUCUUAUUCACACCGAGCUUAAUGAACAAUACCCUAAAUUGGACAUAAGAGAAUUAUCUGAUUAUUUAUCUUUACCCGAGGAGUCUUACAGCGGAGCUUCAGAUGUAAACUCUACAAACAGAUGGGCUUUGAUUUUAUGGAACGAUGAAUUUCACAAUUUGACAGAGGCAGUAACAGCUAUAAAAGCUGGUACUGGUGUUGAUGAUAGAAAUGCUUACAAGAUAGCAGAGAAAAUAGAUAUUAAAGGGUUUUGCGUCUUAAAGGAAGACGACAAUCCACAGAAAUUAAUCCAAGCCAAACGGUUGGUCGAAUCCAAUGGAUUGGUAGCAACAAUAGUAUCGGCUCGUGAUUUGUUGAGAGAAAAGAUCGCCAGUUCUAUUAUAGAUUGGAUAAUUGCUAUAUCAAAUUCUUCAAACUCUCAAGUCCGAAAAGCUGCUCAGUCUUAUUUUGCCGAGUUGUUGUUGGAGCCACAUUUUAGAUUUUCAAAAGUUAUCCCGUCAUCUGUUUUCCAAGAAACUUUAGCCUCAAAAUCCACACAAGAUCAGUUUCUUGCCUAUUUUAAAAAUGGUCUUCCAUACAAUGGUGAAUUGAUUAGCUUUAAUUAUCAUCAAUUAAGAGCCACAGCUAAUCAAAUCAGUCUAUACGAGCCUAUAUCUUCUUUAUUAGACCUGACAAGGUCGACUGAAAGACUCAAAGGCUCGAGAUUACAAUAUUUGCUAGCAUUCCAAAUAAGAUUUCCUAAGUUAACUCGUCAAAAAUUAGGUACCUUAUUAGUUCCUCCUUUGGUUACAACAUCGACUUUAAAACGAGAAUUUGCGAAUCAAUUUGUUGAAUUAUUCCCAGCCCUCUUAACCAUUAUGGGUUUGACAGAUAGGGAAGAGGAUUUGAAUUUGAUGUCCGACAUUACUUCACAAUUAUUUACUUGUCCUCAAACUGUACGUUCCAUACUAGACAAAGGUGGAGUCAAAAACUUGUUGGGUCCUUUGGCAAAGUUAAUUGAAGAGCACAGCACAACUCGUGAUACCAAUACUGGGUAUAGAUUGUAUUGCGAGAUUGGCAGUGACUCACAGCAAAAGAGAGCUAUAAAAAAGGCUAUCGUGCACGGUAUUUACAACUUGAGCUACUUUUCUAAUCACGGGCUUUCAGGAGAUAGUAUAACAAAGUUUUUGCAACCUGAUCAUUUCAGUUUAUUAGUCUUAAUGUUGAGAUAUUUUCAAAGUUAUUGGCCCGUUACUAGAAAGUAUGGUGAACACGUUGAAAGAGAUGAUUUUGACCUCAGUGUACAUGUGGAAAUUUCAUUGCCUAUUUUGAAGUGUGUCAAGAAUUUGGGAGUUGAUAUGCCGAGAAACAAAGAGAUCCCCACUGUAGUGGCUCAGUUAAUCGAACUAUUAUCAAAGAAGAAAAAUGAAUUUAUUGAACCUGGAGUAAUCAAGUUUCAAGUGAGUAAAGAACCUGUUGCAAUAGUUAAUCCUUUGAACUCAUUGUUAUCGUAUUUUUUGCAAUUUCAGAAUAUCGAUAAUUUCAAACAUUUAUUACAACAGAAUCAAUCAGAAUUAGUCAAUUUUACCGAUAUUUCUCUCAGAAGCAUUGUUUUGGGAUCUCAAGUCAAGGCAGGAUUUUGGAUAAGAAACGGGUCCUCGGUUUCACGUCAAGCUACUGCAUAUUUUGAUUCGCUUAUGACAGAAUACGCUUUUAUGCGCGAUUUCCAUUUGAAUCAAAUUGCUAUUUUAUUUGAAGACCAAGAAAAAGUAUUGAUGAACUUUUUAGAACGAUGGGAAUUACGCUCAUGGUUCAAAAAUGAAGUAGAUUUCGAUAAGACGAUUUACGAGGAAAGAUUCUUUUCUAUUGUGGAGAGAUUUAUUGCUUUUGCUUACAAUUUGUUUGUGGAUAGAAGUAUGUUCAUAAAUGAAACUCCAGAGGAUGCAACGUUAAGAAAACUUAAUCAUGCAAUAGGGUAUGCGUUAUGCGAAGAGGCAAUGGCAUUUUCCGAACUACAUCAGUACAUCGAUACAAAUAUCGCAAGUUCGAGUAAAUUCGAAGAUGUUUUAUACGAAGUAGCAGAUUAUCAGCCACCAUCUGCGUUAACUGACUCAGGGUUAUAUCGAUUAAAGGAAUCGACGUAUGAAAAAUUGGAUCCAUUGAAUAUCCUCGUCGAUCCCGGGAAAUUUCAAAUCAUUUCGGAAAUGGUCAUCAAAAACAGUUCGAAACAGAAGAAAAGGAAGUCAGAAAAUUUGAUUGUAACUCCAGUGAUAGAAAAAGCUGGGAAUGAUUUUGUCGAUGAAAACAUAGGUAAUUUUGCCAAAUCAUUACCAUUUGUGAAAUUGAUUUAUAAACUUAUGCAGGUUUCAAUUGAUACGUCAGAUGAAACAUAUUUGCCACACUUGCUCCAUUUAGUACACGCAAUUAUGUUAGACGACGAAAUGAUUCAUGGAAAAGAGUAUUUAAAUAAGCAUUUUGUUGAUAUUCCAAUUACAGAUUUAUUGCUUACGAUUCUGGAAUCUACAAUGUCCAAAUACGUGUGCCAAAAGGCUGAUUAUUUAGUAGAACAAUUAGUGGGUAAGGAUAAACGUAUUAUCGCCAGUUUAGUUGAUUGCUUUGGUGAAGACUAUAUUCAAAGAUAUAAAAAGAGGAAAAACAGUUUAUUUGAAUCAGACGCCGAAAGAAAGAAAAGAAAAGCCGAAAAGAGGAAAAAUAAUAUAUUCAAAAAGUUUUCCAAACAACGGGAGAAGUUUUUAAACCAGAACCAGGAGUUCCAACUGGAUAUACCUCAAGAUAGUAAUAUACCAAUGGAAGGAGAGGACUCGCGAAAAUUGCGUACUUGUGUUGCCUGUGGGGAACUCGAGUCCUUUGAAAAGCCACUAGCAAUUAUGGCAGCUUCUACUAAAGCACCUGUGUUUUGGAAGGUGCCAGUACAAACAGGAGAAGUCGUUUCGAAUGCCUUUAAAACAUGGGAUAAGAAUAUAUUACUUGAUUACAAGGAUACUGAGUAUGGUGUUGGCUAUGACCCAGUGAGUAGGCUGUCACUAGAUAGUAAUCGAUUUGAAUCUUAUGUGCUUUCUACAUGUGGGCAUAGCAUCCAUCAUAGUUGCUUGAACAGAAGAAUCAUAGGAUCUGCACAAUACUCGUGCCCAUUAUGCCAUAAUUUACAUGACAUGAUUAUUCUUACCCUUUUGGGGAACAGAGACAGUAACAUUCCCGCUGAAGUUUUCAAUGGAUCUCCAAAUCAUUUGAAAUAUAACCAAAUUGUAGAAUCAGCCGAUCCGAACAGAAAACUUGGUUAUUUAUUAGAUGUGUUUUUCAAACCUGAAUAUUUUGACGCUCCUUCUAAAACUGUGACAAUGGCAUCACUCGGUGAAGCUCCUUUGAACCAUUUCAAAAAUCAAAAGUACUUGCCACCGGGAAUUAAUAGCUCGUAUGGCAUAAUAUUUAAUCGACUUAUGAACUGGACAGUUGUGUUAGCGGAUACAAUUAGAAUGAAUGAGAUUUCCACUAGGUUGAACGGUGUUGAUGGAUACAGUGAUUUCUUGUCGCAGAUCCCAGGAUCAGCAAAAACACUUUUAAUUUGUAUGUUUCAAAUGAGAGUACUUAACGCAGCAUCCUCGUUGUUACCAUUACUGGCCGAUGAAAGUAAUACAUUUCAAUCGGAAUUCAAACUGUUUUGGAACUCUGAUUUGAUAUUAGAUGGGGUGUUUAAUGAAGUUCUUGUUUUGUUUUUUCAAACCGACGAAUCCUUGGCUACAUUAACAAGAGUGGGUAUGUCAAAACUCAUUGCAAUUGUUAUUAAAUCAUUAACAGCAAGGCAUGAAAAGGACAACCUGUAUCUCAAAUGCAUUGACGUUGACAAUGGGAAUCAGGUAAGUGACGUCUCGCUCGAGAGGUUCCAUAGACUUUUUACUGGAGUUAUGCAUGGAAAUGACUGUGAAAUUCCGGAGGUUGACAAAUCCAUUUCUUUAAUAAUUUAUUGUGCCAUAGAGAGGAUUUUAGGCAUAUUUUUGAGACAGGUUAUCAUUUUUAAAGACAUAUUAACAUGCAAGCAAACGGGAGAGAACAAUUACGAAAGCAUACCAGAGCUUUUAGACUUACAGAAAAAAAUCAAAUUACAGGAUAGAUUGACUGACACAAAACCCCUUACCGAUGCUCUUGGUGUGCCUUCAUUUGAUGAGCUCAUUGAAACGUUACUUGAAUCAAGUGAUGCAUUAGAGGGAAAUGUUUUUGAUAUCAUAUGGCUUGCCAAAAUUCCCAAAUACCACGACAAAGGGAUUUUAACCUUAGAAUACCCGGGAAUAGUUCAUUUGGUCAAUUUACCGGUUGAUUACAAUUCUUGCGUUUUGAACGCAUCACAAAUUGCUACCCAUGAUAAUAGCAAAUGUUUGAUUUGCGGACAAUGGACCAAUGCAUCCAGAAAUGUUGCUCACAUGCUUAACUGCAGUUCGCAAAUAGGAAUCUUAUUCAUCUCAAAAUCUAAUAUGUUGCGGAUUUGCGUUUACAUUGGGACUAGCCCAAUUACUAUUGAAUUGCCUGCACCUUAUUUGACAAAGCAUGGAGAAAUUAAGGUGAUAGAUAAAAGGGGAAGAGCCACAUUGAGCGGGUUAAGAUUUGCCUACUUAAACAAGCUAUGGGUCACUCAAGGUUUAUAUGGGUUUGUUACACGUAAUUUAUUUGGAUCAGGGUUUGCACUUGAGGAUGAUGUCACUUUUAAUUUUGAAAGAAAUAUACCGGAUCUAAGUGAAGACGACGAUGGUAUUGGACUAUUUGAGUGGGUCGAUUAA